GUAUAAAUCACGUGAUUAGUGAUUUUGGAGUAUGGCGAGUGGAGAAGCUGUGGCGAAGGGGUGUGGUAACGUGUUCGGGCGUCUUUUCGACCACAGAGCCGCUAUACGCGGUGAAAAUCGCUAUUUUGUGAAGGAAUUUGAAAAAAAGAGAGGCAACCGAGACUACGACCAAAUCAAGCAAUCAGUCGAAAUGGUAAAGGAUGUACAACACUGUCUGUUACCAGAGAACGUGAAAAUGUCGAAGGACUUCUUGACUCCAAUGCAAGAAAAAGUGAACGAAGUACUUUCAAUGGUGAGUGAUGCACUCCAGAUUGAACAACAAUUCGAGACAACAAGACAGGUGAAGGAUAAAAGGGUGUCUGAGAAGGACCUGGAAGACUUUUUGGCCGAUUGUGCAAGAAAACGGCAGGAAGUGGACGACGAAUGUGAACAAAAACUAUCCAAAUUCAAAUCAGACCUAUUCGAUAAGAAUAAAUAGGAUACAAUUGUAAGAUUAAUAUAUUAUUGUAUGUAAACUUAUUUGUGGCUGCUGAUAUAUUUUUGGUUGUAUUGCUGGUGAAUGUAAACGGGUGUUAUGUAUGUGGUGAGUAGUCAGUCAUCUAUUGGUAAUCUUGUGUGACUUGGUACAACUUGUUGAUGACAGUGUUGUUUAUUGUGAAUGCAUUCUUCAAU